UUUUUUAUAUUGUGACCUUUUUUCAAUUUUUAAUAUAAAUUCCACAUCAAAUAUUCCCCUUAUUAAAAGUUCCACUAUUAAUUCAUAGAAAGAAUUUUGAUUGUUUAAAGCUCGACAAAUUAAUUUUUUAACUUUCCAAUUUUUAUUCAAAUUCAGAAUUAUAUACCUAAUUCUAUUCAAUUUUCUAAAAAAAUUCUUAUUUUUGGCUCUGAUCGAGACUUGAAAUUUUCUUAAUUUAUUUAGUUUACCCUUUUCAAUUUUACAAAAUUUUUUCAUUUCACCCUCUGUUUAUUUCCUAUAAUCGCGUAAUUUUAAUGAUUUCGUCCAAAAACUGAUAGAUUUUUAAAAAAUAAUUUUUAUUUUUAGAGCUACUUAAAAGUUUUCAUAAAAAAUUUUUUUGAUAAUUAUUUAAAUAUUUUAUUUAACAACAAAAAAUGGAUAAUAACCCGCCUCCACCACCCUAUUAUUCAGGAACUUUUAACGACCCGGGUAAUCCCACAAAAGAAGGAAUUCCUGUAUUUACACCACCACCAUACCCACCACCACCACCAUCACAGUCAUAUAUUAUUGGUGUUGGAUCUUUACCUAAUAAUGGACAACAACAACCUUCCAAUAUAUCACCACCUCCACCACCACCUGUCAUGACUCGCCCAAUUCAUGUUUUUACACCUAAAUUUGGGCCUUAUCCUCUUGAAAUGGAUUGUCCACAUUGUCGUUCGCAUAUUGUCACGCAAACAAUUAAAACGCCUGGAGUACUGCCUUGGAUUAUUAUGGGAGUUUGUUUUGUUAUUGGAUUUUUCUUGUUGCUCCCUUGGUGUAUUUGUUGUAUGCCUUUUUGCAUUGAUUCCUGCUUGGAUGUUGAACACUUAUGUCCUUCCUGCAAAAAACCUUUGGGAAGGUUCUCUCGAAUUUGAAAAUAUUUUUGGACGAAUUGCUACUUAAUAAAAAGAAAUUUCUUUAAGUCAUAAAAAACAAUUUGUUUAAAAAAGUACUUAAUUUUAACUUUUGAAAAAGAAUUUCAAUUUUUAAAUGAUUGCCCCUAAUAAUUGUCACUAAAGAGUGGAAAAUUUUGAAAAUUUAAUUUCAGAUUCCUAUUAGGCUGCUCUAAAAAUUUUUUUUUUGAUUAAAAAUAUGUAUUUUUCCUUACUUUAGUGGUGGUUUUGGACUCUAUCCUUUUUUUAUUUUUUUUUGAAAAUUAGUAUUUACUUUGGGAGUAGUAAACCCCCCCCAUACGCCCACAUGUCUCACUUGGACAUGUGAGACGGGGGCAGGGGGAUGUGUUAAGGUGUAAGGGUUUUCAUCUCCCAUCCGUCCCAGUGGGACCGAUGGGUGUUGGGUGACCUUGACAACAAGUACAAGCAAUUCUGCGGCUGAAAGGAGAUG